GUAAUGGCUGCUUUCCGGUCAGGGUUGUCACGGGUGACCUCUUAGCCUCAGCAACCGGAGCUCCAAAGAGGGACUGUUUCACAUUGGAUAGAAUUUCACAUACACUCUGGUUUGGGGAAGUUCAGCCCUCCAGACCCCAACAUCAUGAAUUCGGUGUCAACACAGUCGAUCUUAGUCCUCACUUCACUGCUGUUGAUUCUGCCUGUUGUUGAAGCUGUAGAAGCUGGAGAUGCCAUUGCACUCUUACUGGGAGUGGUUCUCAGCGUUACAGGCAUUUGUGCCUGCUUGGGGAUAUACGCCAGAAAGCGAAAUGGACAGAUGUGACUCUGGAGGACUCUUCUGAAUUAGACUUCACCCUGGCCAGACUGAAAACCAUUGUGCUAUUGAGGCCAAACCCAAGGUUUGAUCUCUCCUGUUCCCAGCAAGAGGGUUACAGUUAAGAGGAUGAUUUCACAUUUACUUGGUUGUUUUUCCUAAGAUGGGAGUAGAUGGGGUGGGGUGGGACUGGGGACUU